AAGGGAGAAAAAUAAACGUCUGGGGUCCAUCAGUAAUCUUAUUCACAAUAUUAUAUUCAUUGAUACUGGCGACUACAGACGGAAUGGAAGUCUGCGAUGUUUCCCAGCCUGCACGAGCAGCUCCACAGCACAGCCACGAGAGGGGUCUGGUGGCGCGCGCGGUCCUCCAGCGCUAUCGCUACGGCGUCAAUGUCGAAGGCUCUCCUGUUCGAUAGUAAAAGCCGGAAGUGACGCCGGAAGUUGGUACUUCUGUCUCGUCAACGAAAAAAGUAAUGACCAAAGUCCACUAUGAAUAGCUAGCAGGCCACAAGAGUUAAAAUGGCUACGACUAUCAUUCAUGAUUCCUCAGAGGCAGUGGAGCUGUGCUGCCACCGUCGUCUCUUUUUGAAACCCAUUUCCAAGAUGGCCAUAACAGUAACAUGGCCUGACUUGAAAGAACCCAGCAAAACUGUGUCUAACUGGGAGGUCAUGGCCAAUCUCAAGCAAAUGGCCCAUCCUUUACAGUUCAUGUCCAUUCGUGUCUCCAAGAGCACUCUGGAUUUUGUACGCUUUGAGGCAGAGCUAGAGACCAAAGCCUUGAGGAAGACAUUGUGUCAAAAACUGAAUGGAUGUACGCUAGAUACCGUAGCUGGGGACGCAGCUUUCAGGAUCUUUGCUUCAGAAUGCAGUGCGGACUUUCCCACGCGUAAGGAAUGGGAGUCUUUUUUCCAGGAAGAGGAGGAGUGGCCAGAUACACUCCAUCUGGAUGGCCUCCCCUGCAAGUGGUUCAGCGGUCCACAGUCCAGAUGCCAGAAACCUAGUGAAGAUAUCGUCCGUGAAGUGUUUGAGAUGUUUGGCCCCAUUCGCAACAUGGACAUCCCAGCUCUUGAUGUAUACAGAGAGGAGACUGGCAGCAGAGUUUCCAAUGCUUUCAGUGUGACAGGAUUGCAGACUUUUGAUGUUUACAUCCAGUUCCAGGAGCAUGAGGACUUACGAAAUGCACUAGAAACUCUUAGAGGAAUGAGGCUGAUGCUGAAAGAAGGAGAUGGAAAGGCCCUGGUCUGCAAUAUCAAGGUAAGUUUAGACCUGACAAGACAUUUAAGUGAGGCAGCAGUGCAGAAGCGAUUCCUGGAAAGAAGGCAGCUAGAAGCGCUGGAAGAAAAGAGGCAAAGAGAGAAAAGAUAUGAGAGGGAAGAGGAGGCUGACAGAAAGCGAAGGGAGGACCAGCGUUUAAAGAAGCGUCAGGAAAAGCUGAGGCGGCGAGCAGAAAGACAGAAGGAAGAGUCUGAAAAGAGGAUGCAGGAUACAAAAGUUGAAAUUCAGCAGGAAGAGAGUGAAAAGAAGCUGUUUGAUAUACAGGUAGAAAUACAGACCCAGGAAGACAAAGAGGAAGAACUAUGGGAGGAGAGGAAAUUUGUUCUUGUCCAGAGACGUCUACAGUCUAUUAGACUUCUCACUGCACUGCUACAGAGAGCUCAGGAGAACUUAGCUGAAGUAAAAUGUGGAAGGAAAGAGAUCAAGAAAGAGAAGCAGCCUUGCAGAAAUUCAUCAUCUUCAUGUAAAAGAGGUGGAGAGUCUAAGGAAUCAUCUGAACAAGAGACUGCUUCUUACCUAAAGAAGCCAACAGUUUGUCCCCCUGACACAACAAUUCCAGAUAUCUCCACAGAGUAUCUCUCCACUGAUGAACACAUUCCACUUCAUGAUCGCUUGAAGCAUAGUUCUAGCUAUGGGCCCCUGCAGAUAACAAUCAGUCAGAAUCAUGCAAACCGGGACCUUAAACAGCGUGUUUGGCCCUAUGCCGUUCCGCGCUCCAGAAGCUACUCAUCAUUGUUAGAGGAUGAUUUAACUAGUGGAAAACACUGGUUCAGAGUGCACAGAAAAAAAGAAAAGGUGUAUGAAUCUGAUGAAUUCCUGAAUUAUAUACUGAAUCACUGCCCCUAUCCAAGCUAUGACAGAGUGUGCCAGAAUAUUCAGCCAUUGCCGUGCAAGGAGGCAGGCUGGCGGCGAAUGGUCUCUGAUGAUGGGAAGAGUUUUCAGAUUAGCCUUAGGAAUUCAGAUGGAGGGGUGUGCACUGAGGUUAGCAUUAGUCAGAAUUCAGAUCAAAGGAAUCCUAGUGAUGAGGAUGGGUACAAGUGGAAAAUCACCAUCAAGGAAACAGAACCUGCACAGAAGAGGCUUGGAACCCAGAGAAACUUAAGAGAUGGGUACAGCAGAGAGUUUGAAGUUUCCUGGAAUGACUCCAGCUCCCAGCCUGAAAUGCAUACCACUGACCAGAAUUACCAGGAUGAUAAGUUCAGCAACGGAACAUACAUUGUGAAAGACUUUGAUGCCACAGGCCGUAAAGGAGUUCCAAAAUACAUUUGUAAAACUGUCAGCCCUCCAGUUCAUCACAGAAAGUCUCAGAGCAAUGUUACUUUUAUAGACCCUAGUAAACAUAUGGAGGAUAUCUCUGAGGACACCUCCAACCUUACAGGAGUCCUGCAGCAAAAAUGUGCAAAAAGGAUGAAUGUGGAAGGUGUAUACAGUCUUGGAAAGGAGAAGGAAAAGACCUUUGAGGGGCAAAGGCAAGGUACAGAGCUCAAGUUCUCAAAAACAAGUAAUUUGUCUAUGCCGCAGCCAGACCAUGAAGAUCAUAAAGACAGGAAAAAGACAAGCAAAUUGAGUAGGGCUGGAGAUCAAGUAGAUGUGAUGGAUGAGAUCAGAGAAAAGAAGAAAAAGAAAAAGGAGAAGUAUAGAGACUUUGAAGAUGAAAAUGAAGAGGUAAUUGAAUCUGAACUAAGUAAAUGGAAAAAAAGCUCCAAGGCUACAUCUACAACUACUGUUCAUAAAACACAUACGACUCUCAGUCAAGAUAUUGUAGACUUUUCUUUUGAAAGGAAAGAAUGUGAAAAUGUAGCCCACUACAGUAACUUGAAAGGCAUUCAGAGUAGAUACUGUGGCAAGAAAUCUGCAAAUUGGAAAUCUUACUAUUAAUUUCUGUGGCAUUUUACAGUAAUAAUGUGAUGAAAUGUGAAGAUGAUCCUUUAUGUACGGACUUAUUAAAAAAAUAAGGAAAAGAACCGAUUAAGCCAAGUGUUUCAUGCUAAGAGCAGAAAUGUUUCUUCUUUCCUCAUUAAACUUAUGUCAACUGUAUAUAAGGUUUUUGGUAUGUUUCAGAGGGUCUUUCGGAUAUUCUGUGUCUCACUGUGAUAAGAUUUAGAGAAAUACUUUUAUAUACUUGCUGUUGUAUGAAUUUUAAGUUUAGAAGUAAAUACUUUUAAACUGAAU